GAGUGCCGGAGGAGGAGGCUGGGGGCGCAGCCCGCCCCGCAGCCCAGCGCGAAGGACGGACAAACCACCGGCCGCGCCAUCCACUCGCCGGAGCUCCCUCUGCAAACUACUGUUGAGUGUUUGCGGGCACGCGAGGCCUGGGGGGUGGGGGUCGCGCGUUCCGCGCUGCGACACCGGUUUCCGCUAGGGUUACCUCUGGACUGGAGGGUGGGGGGUCUUUGAACUCAGAUCAGGGUCAGCUCCAGGCUCAGAAACUGCUGAAGAAUUAAGCAAACAAAAGAGGCCACUGAGCGAGUGGCCAGAAAGUCGCCAGAGCGCGUCCUGGAGCCCUCUCCUUCCCUGGGGUGGGGGCUGGCCACUUGCGGGGCAGAAAGAGGACACCGGAGCCGGUGGGGCCCGGUUGCAUCGCCAGGGUCGUGGAGUUGGCGGCCUGUUGUGCAAGCUUCGGCCCUUGUUUUCCCGGCUUGGCUCGUUGUGAGACCGGACACAUCCACCCUUGGAAUUGGUUCGUGACGCUGCUGCUUUUCUCCUUGCCCCUCUUGGAUUUUCUGGAUUUUUGAAAACCCAGUGGCCUAGGAGGAGGAAGGAGGAAGGGGCAGAUCUGCAGAGGAAUGUGAGAGCCUCCCAAAGCCAGAGGGACGGUGGAACCCUGCCUGGGUUUCUGGGACGGGUGGUUUCCGAGUGAUUCUCUCCUAUUUUAAAAACAUUGUUCCAGUGGAAAGUGUCGAAUUCUUGCCCUGGCAGAGCUGGUUUCUCCAGGUCACUUGACUUUUCUACUGGGAGUAGGAGGAGGGAGAGGCUCCCCCUUCCAGGAGGGGAGGAAGCCUGCGGACAUGAGUCCUCCCUGCUCACAUGCCUGUGCUCCAACACCCAGUAGGGCAGUUUCUGGGCCUUGGACAUUGGUUUGAAGAGAGGGCGGCUGGACAGCAUCUGUGGGUGCUGAGACCCCAUCUUGGGCUGAGUCAGAGCUUGUAACAGGCAUUGAAUCGGAAGUGCAUUCUUGGACUCUGUGGUGAGCACCUCUGAUCUGGGCAGGACCCAUCUUUACCACCCAGCCAAGCCAUGGCAUUGAAAGGCCGAGCCCUCUAUGACUUCCACAGUGAGAACAAGGAGGAAAUCAGCAUCCAGCAGGAUGAGGACCUGGUUAUCUUUAGUGAGACCUCACUGGACGGCUGGCUCCAGGGGCAGAACAGCCGUGGGGAGACAGGUCUCUUCCCUGCUUCUUAUGUGGAAAUCAUCCACCCCAGCACAGGGGCCAACCAUGCUGACUACUCCAGCAGCCCUGCAGGCUCUCUGGGGACCCAGGUGAGCUUGUAUGACAGCCCUAGUGUGGCCAACCCAGCCAGGAGUGGUGCAGGCAGUGGUUUCUUUUCAAACCAGGGCAGCUUUGAAGAGGACGAUGAUGAUGACUGGGAUGACUGGGAUGAUGGAUGCACAGUGGUAGAAGAGCCACGGGCUGGAGGACUGAGCACUAACGGGCACCCUCCGCUCAAUCUCUCCUACCCGGGUGCCUACCCCAGCCAGCAUAUGGCUUUCCGGCCCAAGCCACCUCUGGAGCGGCAGGACAGCCUGGCGUCUGCUAAGAGAGGGAGUGUGGUGGGACGUAACCUCAACCGUUUCUCGUGCUUCGUGCGCUCUGGAGUGGAGGCUUUCAUCCUCGGUGAUGUGCCCAUGAUGGCCAAGAUCGCAGAGACAUACUCCAUCGAAAUGGGCCCUCGUGGCCCCCAGUGGAAGGCCAACCCCCACCCAUUUGCCUGCUCUGUGGAGGACCCCACUAAACAGACCAAGUUUAAAGGCAUCAAAAGUUACAUUUCCUACAAGCUCACCCCCACCCACGCAGGCUCACCUGUCUACCGGCGCUAUAAGCACUUUGAUUGGCUCUAUAACCGCCUACUGCACAAGUUCACUGUCAUCUCCGUACCCCACCUGCCUGAGAAGCAGGCCACCGGCCGCUUCGAGGAGGACUUCAUUGAGAAGCGGAAGCGGCGACUCAUCCUCUGGAUGGAUCACAUGACCAGCCACCCCGUGCUCUCGCAGUACGAGGGCUUCCAGCAUUUUCUCAGCUGCCUGGAUGACAAGCAGUGGAAGAUGGGCAAACGCCGGGCAGAGAAGGACGAGAUGGUGGGCGCCAGCUUCCUGCUCACCUUCCAGAUCCCCACAGAGCACCAGGACCUGCAGGAUGUCGAGGACCGGGUGGACACCUUCAAGGCUUUCAGCAAGAAGAUGGAUGACAGCGUCUUGCAGCUCAGCACCGUGGCAUCGGAGCUCGUGCGGAAGCACGUGGGGGGUUUCCGCAAAGAAUUCCAGAAGCUGGGCAGUGCCUUCCAGGCCAUCAGCCAUGCCUUCCAGAUGGACCCCCCCUUUAGUUCUGAGGCCCUCAACAAUGCCAUUUCUCACACGGGCCGGACCUAUGAAGCCGUGGGUGAGAUGUUCGCUGAGCAGCCUAAGAGUGACCUAUUCCAGAUGCUCGACACACUCUCUCUCUAUCAGGGCCUGCUCUCCAACUUCCCCGACAUCAUUCACCUGCAGAAAGGUGCCUUUGCCAAGGUGAAGGAGAGCCAACGCAUGAGCGACGAGGGCCGCAUGGCCCAGGACGAGGCUGAUGGCAUCCGGAGGCGCUGCCGGGUGGUGGGCUUCGCCCUGCAGGCCGAGAUGAACCACUUCCACCAGCGCCGCGAGCUCGACUUCAAACACAUGAUGCAGAGGUACCUGCGCCAGCAGAUCCUCUUCUACCAGCGGGUGGGCCAGCAGCUGGAGAGGACACUGCACAUGUACGACCACCUCUGACCGUGCGUGCCGGGCCCCCCUGCCCCGGCACAGUCCCUGCAGUCCACACAGCCUGAACUUUCCUAAACUAGCAGUGGCUGGGGGGCCGUGGGUUGGGUGAGGCAAGCGGCUUGUUCCUCUGGGAUACAGGGCUUUGGAGGAAAACAGGUGCCCCUAGGGAAGUCCCCCUCUCUUUAGAGAGGGGGCCCAUCAGGAAUGAGAAUGGACAGGGACCCUCCAAGCCAAGGUCUAGGCUGCUGGUCAGUCACUAAAGGCCAGGCCUCCCCUAGAGUCUCCAGUGGGCGCUCACCUGGCUACCACCCCGUUUGUUCGGCAGAUGCAGUGGUCUGCUGUGGCCCUUGGUCAAAUACUGGGCCCCUGGGCUGUGACAUGCCUGCCCUGGAGGAGUCUCAUCCAAGGUGCAGUCACACUCAGAAAUAGGCAAAGGCAAUGCAGUGUGACAGGUAGCUAAUUAAGGGAUUCAGAGAAGGGACCACAGCACUCUGCUUUGGAGAGGGUGACAUUCCAGCAGUGUCUUGAAGAGUUGACAGGGACCUGCUAGAUAGUAAGUAAGGAGAGGGAUGUUUAGGGGAGAAGACCAGUGUCAGCUCUUCUCUACCUACUACUCUUUCCCAAGCAUGUUUGGCGUCCCUUCCAGGGGGAUUUUGGCCUGUGUGGCAGAGGGAAGGGACCAUCCUCGCUCCUGUGUCCCUGGCUUUCCCUGCCCCACCCCAUCCCCUGCAGGAGGGCGCUGCAGGACAUCUCCUCUUGUAGGCCUCUAAUUCCCCUCCACUGCUGAACCCCACUUUCUCUUUGUUGGGGGACCAUGCAGCAUCCUUCUCUCUCUGGACUCAAGGUGCUGAGACAAGCCAUGGACCCCAGGGCCCUGAAGGCACCUUUUCUGCAGGAGACUUCCAAAAGUUACCAGAAUUGGGAGGUCACCAGUAGUAACCCCUCAGACUCCAAGCAGACCCAGGCCUCAGGCUUCCCCGGACCUUGAUAUCCACGGUCUGGUCUUCCUGCUCCUUCCUGUUGCACAGUGGGAAGCCUGAGGAGAGAAAGCAGG